AUGCAGCAGUACUCCGUGGGCGAGACCGUCGAGGUGUGGAGCCACUCCAGGAAUGCCUGGAUACCCAACGCGACGGUCAUCCACGCCCCCGCGGUGGACUCCUACAUAGAGGGUUUCGACGUCAAGGCUGGCUCCCUGAAGGUGGAGUACAACGGCAGCUCGAAGUGGCUCCUCCCCGACAUGGUCGCGCAAGACGUCAGGCGCCCCGUCAGCCCGGCCGGCGCAAGCUCGGCGAGCGGGCCGGGCAAGUGCAAGUUCGGCUGCGGCCGGGCCGUGCAGCCGGGGCUGACGCGGGGCAUGAAGCCGUUCGACACGUGCUGCAAGCGCUGCGCCCUGAACGGCGGCAGGGGGGACCACGACCCGAACUGCGGGGGCACGAGCCCUGUGCUGCACAGGCCAUCCAGGUCGGAGUCAGGCUUGCCCUGCGUCGACGCCCGUGCAUGGCUGGAGGAGCUGACAAGGUCAGAUGGGGCUCUCCAGAAGUACACCGCCGAGGUCUUCGAAAGUACGACCAGCGGGCGGAAGACCAUGAACCUAGAUGAGUUCAAGACGGCCGUCAAGGAUUUAUUGCUUCACCCAGUUGGGGCCACGUUGUCCUCACCAGAGGAUGCCCUACGGAAAGUGUACAACAAAUACGACAGGGGCUCGGGCCUUGAAAUCACAUCUUUCCGUAAGAUUUGUCGCAAUGUAUUGAUAGAUUAUCACGAAUCGUAUUUCCCCCGCGUGUUACCUUUUGAGGUAUGCAAUUUCGUCCGGAGGAACAGGCAGGCGUUCACAGAUUUGUAUGAAGUGGGCGAGAAGCUCGGAGAGGGUAGCUUCGGCAUUGUGUCCAUGGUUACGCACAAGAUCUCCCGCGAAAAGCGUGUCUGCAAGAGAAUCGAGAAGCUCCGUGGCAAGGUUGGCAUGCCGGUGGAAGAUAUCGAAUUUUGA